CGGGCGCGGGGCGGCGGCGGCGACCGGAGUCGCCAUGGGCCCGCGCGGGGCGGCGCGGCUGACGGUGGCGGUGGCGGCGGUGGCGUUGGCGGCGGCUCUGCGGGCGUCCACGGGCGGAGGGCAGGAGGAGGGCGGGGAGGGCUGCGGGGGGCUGCGCGGCGUCACGGCCGUGCUGGGCAACAACACGCACCAGUGCGUCUUCGACGACCUCAGCGGCUCCGUGUCCCUGUCGUGGGUGGGCGAUAGCACGGGGGUCAUCCUUGUGCUGACCACGUUCCAGGUGCCCUGGGUGAUUGUGAUCUCUGGGCAGUCCAAGCUGUACCGCAGUGAGGACUAUGGGAAGACCUUCAAGGACAUCACCAACCUCAUCAACAACACCUUCAUCCGCACCGAGUUUGGCAUGGCCAUCAGCCCCGACAACUCGGGGAAGGUCAUCCUGACAGGUGAUGUCUCCGGUGGCAGCCGCGGCGGCCGCAUCUUCCGCUCAUCUGACUUUGCCAAGAACUUUGUGCAGACUGAGCUGCCCUUCCACCCUCUGGCACAGAUCUCCUACCACCCGCAGGACUCCAACCGCCUGCUGGCACUCAGCACCGACAAUGGCCUCUGGGUCUCCAAGGACUUUGGGGAGCGCUGGGAGCAGAUCCACAGAGCUGUCUGCUUGGCCAAGUGGGGUGCAAACGACGCCAUCUUCUUCACCACCUACCUGAACGGCUCCUGCAAAGCUGACCUCGGCUUCCUGGAGCUGAAGAAAACCACCGACUUCGGCAAAACCUUCAAAGUCAUCGGCACCAAGAUUUACUCCUUCGGGCUGGGCGGCCGCUUCCUCUUCGCCUCCGUCAUGACGGAGAAGGGCUUCACGCGGCGCAUCCACGUCUCGCUGGACCAAGGUGAGAGCUGGAGCAUGGCACAGCUGCCCUCCGUCGGCCACGAGCAGUUCUACUCCAUCCUGGCUGCCAACGACGACCUGGUGUUUAUGCAUGUGGAUGAGCCGGGCGACACCGGCUAUGGCACCAUCUACACAUCAGACGACCGCGGCGUGGUGUUCUCCAAGUCCUUGGAACGUCACCUCUACACCACAACCGGCGGGGAGACCGACUUCACCAACGUCACGUCGCUGCGUGGCAUCUACAUCACCAGCGUGCUGUCUGAAGACAACUCCAUCCAAUCCGUCAUCACGUUUGAUCGAGGUGGGGAGUGGGUGCCGCUGCGGAAGCCCAAGAACACGACGUGCGACUCGACGGCCCGCAGCAAGGAGGAGUGCAGCCUCCACAUCCACGCGUCCUACAGCAUCUCACAGAAGCUCAAUGUGCCCAUGGUGCCGCUCUCUGAACCCAACGCCGUCGGCAUCGUCAUCGCCCACGGGAGCGUUGGGGGGGCCAUCUCAGUGAUGAGCCCUGAUGUGUACAUCUCGGAUGAUGGGGGCUACACGUGGGCACGGAUGCUGGAGGGCCCCCACCACUACGCCAUCCUGGAUUCAGGCGGCCUCAUCGUGGCCAUUGCGCACAGCAGCCAGCCUGUCAACGUCCUGGAGUUCUCCACAGAUGAGGGGCAGUGCUGGUACCGCUACACCUUCACCAAGGAGCCCAUCUUCUUCACUGGGUUGGCAUCCGAGCCCGGCGCCCGCUCCAUGAAUGUCAGCAUCUGGGGCUUCCGCAGCAGCUUCCUGUCCCGAAAGUGGGUGUCCUACACCAUUGACUUCAGCCAACUGCUCAGCCGCAGCUGUGAGGACGACGACUACACCAUCUGGCUGGCGCACUCCAGCGACCCCCGCGACCCCACGGACGGCUGCAUCCUGGGCUACAAGGAGGAAUUCCGGCGCCUGCGCAAAUCCUCCGUCUGUCAGAACGGCCGCGAUUACGCCGUCAGCGCGCAGCCCUCCGUCUGCCCCUGCACCCUGCACGACUUCCUCUGCGAUUUCGGCUAUUACCGCCCUGAGAACCAGUCUGUGUGCGUGGAGCAGCCCGAGCUGAAGGGCCACGACUUGGAGUUCUGCCUCUACGGCCGCCGCGAGCUGCUGCGCACCAGCGGGUACCGCAAGAUUCCCGGGGACAAAUGCAGGGGAGGGGAGAACCCCAGCAGGGAGGAGACGGACAUGAAGAAGAAAUGCACCAGCACUCUGCUGAGCCCCGGGCAGCUGGCGGCGUCCCCCAGCCCCACACCCAUCGUGCUGGCCGUGGUGGCCGUGCUGCUCGUUAGUGCCGUGGCCGCAGUGCUGCUCGUCAAGAAAUACGUCUGCGGUGGGAGGUUCCUGGUCCAUCGUUACUCCGUGCUGCGGCAGCACGCCGAGGCCAGCGGCGCUGAGGGGCCGGAGACAGCAGAGCCCCCCUCACCGCCCUACAAGGGGGGGUACCACGACGACUCGGAUGAGGAUCUGCUGGAGUAGCGGCGGCGCUGGGACGGCAUGGAGCUGCACUGUGGGGCAGGCAGGGCUGGGGGGGGGGCUGUGCUGGGGGGGGG